CACAGAGCGCUCGGGCAGCGGCGAGAGCAGCAGUGGCGGAGCCACGAGGAGCAGCAGCAGCAGCAGCAGCAGCAGAUUGAGAGCCUGGCAGGCAGACGGGCGCGGAGGCGGCAGCCGUCAGCCAGCCAGCGUCGCGCAAGGUGCAAAUCAUAAUCUUCGAAGAGGAAUGCUUAUGUAAACACUUUUAAAUAGUGUUUGUCACCCACCAAAAUCAAACCAUGGUGAUCAUGUCAGAUUAUACAACUGUCCCCACCUCAAACCAAAGCCAGCAAAGGCCUCUUCGAGUUGGAUUCUAUGAUAUUGAGAGGACGUUGGGAAAAGGCAAUUUUGCUGUAGUAAAACUGGCCAGACACAGAGUAACCAAAACGCAGGUUGCAAUAAAAAUUAUAGACAAAACACGGCUAGAUCCAAGCAAUCUGGAGAAAAUCUAUAGAGAAGUUCAGAUAAUGAAGCUUUUGAAUCACCCCCACAUUAUCAAGUUGUAUCAGGUUAUGGAAACGAAAGACAUGCUUUACAUUGUAACUGAAUUUGCAAAAAAUGGAGAAAUGUUUGACCAUUUGACUUCCCAUGGGCACCUGAGUGAGAGUGAAGCUCGGAAGAAGUUUUGGCAGAUCCUUUCAGCUGUAGAAUAUUGCCACAGUCAUCACAUAGUGCACAGAGACCUCAAAACAGAAAACCUACUGUUAGAUGCUAACAUGAACAUCAAACUUGCAGACUUUGGGUUUGGAAACUUCUACAAAUCUGGUGAGCCCCUCUCCACAUGGUGUGGUAGCCCACCUUAUGCAGCUCCAGAAGUUUUUGAAGGAAAAGAAUAUGAAGGUCCUCACCUUGACAUAUGGAGCCUUGGUGUGGUGCUGUAUGUCCUUGUCUGCGGCUCUCUGCCAUUUGAUGGACCCAAUUUACCAUCUCUAAGACAAAGGGUGCUUGAAGGACGAUUCCGCAUUCCCUAUUUCAUGUCCCAAGAUUGUGAAACUCUUAUUCGACGGAUGCUUGUUGUGGACCCUACAAAACGAAUAACAAUUGCCCAAAUUAGGCAGCACAAGUGGAUGCAAGCAGACCCCUCUCUUCAGCAGCAGCAGUCUUUGUCAUUCUCCAUGCAGAAUUACAACUCCAAUCUGGGUGACUACAAUGAGCAGGUCCUUGGGAUCAUGCAUACUCUGGGCAUCGACAGGCAGAGAACGGUGGAGUCUCUGCAAAACAGCAGCUACAACCAUUUUGCUGCAAUUUAUUACCUUCUCCUGGAGCGCCUCAAGGAGUACCGAAGCAAUCAGUUGUCAAAUCGCCCAGUAAGCAGCCGUCAGCAAAGGCCAAGGAGUUCAGACUUCAGCAAUAUUGAGUUGCCUCAAGAUAGUCUUGUCAGUGAGACCUUGAGAUCAUCCCUGCUCUAUCACCAACCACAGAAUCUGAUUCAGUCGCCCUUGCAGGCAGAAAUGGAUUGUGACAUAAACAACCCAUUACAGCCUAUGUUCUUUCCCGUGGAUCCGAACUUCAACAGCCUUUUUAGGAAUCGCUCAAUUUCUCCAAACAGCCUCCUGGAAACCACCAUCAGUGAGGAAGUGAGGCAAGACAAGGAACUGGAGGAAGAAAUUAAAGCCUUCAGCCCAAUUCGCCUCCCGCUCAACACAAGCCGAAGGCACACGCUGGCUGAAGUUACAACUCAUUUGUAUCCGUGCUCUCCGCCAUGUAUAGUAAUUUCCUCAUCCACAAGCCCUACAGAAGGAACCAGUUCUGACAGCUGCCUCACUUCAUCAGCGAAUGAUGGUUGUGUGGCUCUGAGCAACUGUUUGGAAGAGCAGAUGAUGCUUGGUCACCCAGCCACAGCCAGAGUUACGUCAUCAUUCCUGACUUCCCAUUCAGACACACCCGUAUUGCAGGCUCAGGGCUGCAUGGGUGGCGCUUCUCUGUUGCCUGUCAGCUUCCAAGAAGGAAGGAGAGCAUCUGAUACCUCAUUAACACAAGGCUUGAAGGCAUUUAGGCAGCAACUACGGAAGAAUGCUAGAGCCAAGGGUUUUCUGGGACUGAACAAAAUCAAAGGACUCGCCCGCCAGGUGUGCCAGUCCUCAUCUGCUCGGAUAGCACGGAAUGGCAUGGGCCCUUUCCCACAUUCUCAGCCGAACGCCUGCAUAUACAGCGGUGGGGGAAAUACCGGCAGUGGUGGCAGCAGUGGCAGCAGCAGCGGUAGAGAGAGCAGGAACAUGCUCGAAGAGGUGCUCCAACAGCAGAGAAUGCUCCAGUUACAGCAUCACCAGCCAGCUUGUCACCAGCCUUCUCAGGUGUCUCAGUCGCACACCAUCCCCUUGUCUGACAAUACAGGCGGCAAAGCAUCCAAUUCCCUCCUCCUUUCUGAACUUCAGAGUGAGAACUCAUUAGAACUGGCCUUUCGUAACACCCAGUUUCUUCAGCCCCACCUUUUUGGCAUUGGGGUCUCUCCGGUAACUUCAGCUGCUCACCUUCUCGACGCCCACCUGCGCAUCAGCAGCCAUGUGUCUCCGAUAGCCUCCAUGUUUUCUAAUCCGAAUGGCUUUGCUGUGCAAUCUCCAAGCUACGAUGCCGUCACUUUGCAGCACGGGGACUGUGAAAUGGAGGACCUCACUUCCACCCAGAUGGGGAAAUUCGUCCUAGUCAAAUGAGGUCUUUUCUCCCACUUUUCCCUUGAUUCAGACAUCUCUUUUGGGAGAGAGAACACUGUUGUCACUACGAUCUGCAGAUGGGUGAUCAUACUUUACUUUAUUUUGCAACGGUGACUAACUCUCAGAAGCAAUAACAUGUAUGAAAUAUGUGAAGAGGCCAUUUGGUGUAGUAAAGCUUCUAACUUUAUUGAA